CGUCACUCGGUUUUCAUCUUGCUCAUCCUGUGGUUGGAGACGAGAUCAGUUAGCUGGUAGCUAACAUUAGCAAAUAACACUUUAUAUGUUUCAGACUUUCAGAGAAGUGGUUAUUAUCAAGGCCAGUUUUAGUGUGUGAUUAUACAGGGCGUAACCAGGUGCCAUAUUCCUGCCUAUAUUGUCUCGUCUGUUCCGGAGAAGAAGUUGAGCCAUGUACAAUGGUAUAGGCCUAACGACUCCGCGAGGCAGCGGCACCAAUGGCUACGUGCAGCGCAACCUGUCCAGCCUGCGAGUCAAACGGCCGCGGGAUGAACGUGGUGGCGAGCGGGAUGAGAAGGACCGGGAGAGGCUGGAGAGUCAGCUGAAUAGGCAGCCCAACGCUGACAUCCUGGAGCACCAACGCAAGAGGCAGCUGGAGGUGAAAUGUGCCGAGCUGCAAGACAUGAUGGAAGAGCAAGGGUAUUCUGCAGAGGAGAUCGAGGAGAAGGUGAGCAGUUUCCGUAUGAUGCUGCAGGAGAAGCAGGAGCCGCCUCCCACCACUGCUCAAAAACCUGUUGUGACAGAGACUCAUGCCCUGGCUGCAGCCAACCAGCAGAAAAACGACCGUCUUCGCGCUGCUUUCGGCAUCUCCAGCGACUACGUGGAUGGAUCGUCCUUCCACGCCGACCGCAAGGAGAAGGAGAAAGAGAAAAGAGAGCAGGAACGUCUGGAGAGGGAAAGACUGCAGCAGCAGAAAUAUACGUUGGUGGAAGAUUCAGACUCAGAUUCAGAGUCUCCUCCCAAGAAGCGCAGUCGGAAGAAGAAAAAGAAAAACAAGAACAGAGACAGCGGCUCAGAAAGUCCGUCCUCAUCUCCACACAGAGAGAAAAAGAAAUCCAAAAAGAAAAAAAAGAAAUGUGAGGUGUCUGAAGAAGAAGCUGACAGUUCCUCAGACGAGAAACAGAAGAUUUCAAAGAAAAACAGAAAAAGGAGCGAAAGUUUGAGUCCUCCAAAAACAAAAUCAGGUCGACACAGAAGCGUCUCCUCCAGCUCGGCCCACAGCAGCAGCCAGUCUCCACCUCCAACAAGAUCACGCCAACAGGACCAAACGGCAAGAAAUGUUGAUGAGGGGAGAAAAGGGAGAUCACCAGAGAGGAAGAGACGAGGUUACGAGGAGCACAGCCCACAACAUCAAGGAGGCGAAGGGAGGAGGCCCAACGUGGAGAGAGAGCGACAGAGGGAGCCGGAGAAAGCCAGGAGGAGGCAUGACUCCUCGUCUCCUUCACCCACUCCACAAACCAUAAAAGCCUUGGAGAGGGACAAAGCUAGAAGAUCUAGAAGCAAGCAGAGAGAGAUGGAGAAAGCGAGGCGCUCCAGGAGCCGAGAGAUGGAGAGAAGGAGGCGCUCCAGGAGCCGAGAGGUGGAGAAAGGGAGGAGAUCCAGGAGCCGAGAGAUGGAGAAAGGGAGGCGCUCCAGGAGCCGAGAGGUGGAGAAAGGGAGGAGAUCCAGGAGCCGAGAGAUGGAGAAAGGGAGGCGCUCCAGGAGCCGAGAGAUGGAGAAAGGGAGGAGAUCCAGGAGCCGAGAGAUGGAGAAAGGGAGGCGCUCAAGGAGCCGAGAGAUGGAGAAAGGGAGGAGAUCCAGGAGCCGAGAGAUGGAGAAAGGGAGGAGAUCCAGGAGCCGAGAGAUGGAGAAAGGGAGGAGAUCCAAGAGCCGAGAGAUGGAGAGGAAACGGCGGUCCAGGAGCCGAGAGAUGGAGAAAGGGAGGAGAUCUAGAAGUAGAGAGAUGGAGAAAGGGAGACGCUCCAGGAGCAGAGAUUUGGAAAGGAGGGGGCAUUCAAGGAGUGUUGAGAUGGAGAGAAGGAGGCGUUCUAGGAGCGUAGAGAUGGAGAAAAGGAGGCGCUCCAGAAGCAUAGAAAGGGAGAGAAAGAGGUGUUCGAGGAGUCAAGAAAGGAGGGACAAAGUAAAGGAGGGUCCUCCUCAGAGGAUCAGACAUGACUCUUCUUCAUCCGCUUCUCCUUCUCCUCCUCCUCCUCCUCCUCCUCCUUCUAAACAGGAAACUAGGAUAGGAAGGAGCAGAGAGACUGAGCGGGAAAACGACAGAAACAAGCAAGAUAAAAAGACGAGACAUGACUCUUCAUCUCCUUCACCUUCCCCCGAAAAGGAGAGAGCAAGGAGAGAGAGGAGUGGAGAGAGGGAGCGUAGGACUGAGAGAGACUUAAAGGUACCAAAUGAUCGGGACAAGAAGGAGAACGCUACAAGGCCGGAGGCGAAAACUUCUCCUCGCCAGCAGAGAAAUGACAAGAGAAGGGACGCACAUCUUUCCCAGGACUCCUCGCCCCCCGCCUUCCGCUCGCUUGCCACCAACGGACGCCAACGGGAGAAGGAGAACGAGAGGAGACGGGAGAUGGACGUGGAGAGGUCUAACGACAAAGACCGGUAUCUAAAAGCAAGGGAACAAGAUGGUGGGAGAAAAAGAGAUGAGGUGGAGGUUCGAAGAGACGGGUCGAAACCUUCGGAGCGACCUCGGAACGACCGACCGGAGACGAGCGAGAGAGCAGAGAAGACGAGAAGUCCUGUGACGGAGAAGAAGUGUGAAGAGAAGACGAAGCAGGCGGAGGAAAGAGGAGAGACCAGCAGCAGUGACAGCAGCAGCAGUGAUAGCGACAGCGAUAGCUCUUCUUCCUCUUCUUCAUCCUCAUCCUCUUCUUCUUCAUCCUCCUCUGAAGAUGAGGUUAAAGCCAAGAAAGAUGGGCCAGCAGGAAAGGAAAGAAGCCCUCCUUCUUCCAUCGGAGCUGCUGUAGAGAGAUACAUCGCCAACGGGAGGAAGGUGAGCUCCGCCUCUGCUUCUGAGGGCGAUGGAGGUAGACGAUUUCAGAGGGACAGAGAUGCUGAAGGAGACCAGCAUGAGAAGGAGAGGCCGUCCCACAGAGCUCCUACAAAAGGACAGGAGCGUUACAGUCCCACACAGAUGGACAGCCCCAGUCCACCUCCCUCCCCACCCAGCAGAGCAGACAACAGAGGCAGCAGGUACUCUCCUCCACAGGCCAAAGCUGGGGAAAGGGAGAGGGGCCGGGACAGGGACGGACCCAGGAGGACCACAAGAGCCAGUCCCCCUGCCAAGAGGUCCCAGUCUCCCCCUCGGAGGAUUUCCCCAGUCCGUCGCACACCUCCAAGACAGUAUCAGGAACCCCCACCGCGGUCUAGAAGAGCUUCUCCUCCUCCAGCCUGGUCGGAGCGGGACAGAGAGAGACAGAGGGACAGGGACAGAGACAGGGACAAGAAUAGAGAACAGGACAGAGCUAUCAGGAGGAGCAGGUCCAGGAGUCCAAGGAGGCGCAGCAGGUCUCGGUCCAGGAGUCCAAGGAGGCGCAGCGGAUCCACAUCAAGAGUACUAAGGCGGCCAAGUCCUCCAAUCAGAUCCCGCCGCUCUCCCUCUCCACAGCGUCGGAGGAGGACGAGUCGCUCCCUCUCCCGGGACAGGAGGGAGCAUGAGAGAGGCAGGCAGAGGGAGGCACAGCGAGAAAGGGAAAGAGAAAAACUGCCUGUCCAACCAAAAGAAGUCCCCCAACCCCGCAGGUCCUCUUCAUCAUCAUCUUCCUCCAGCUCCUCCUCUUCCUCUGCGUCCUCGCCCUCACCACCUCGAGAAAAGAAGGACACAAAAGCACCAUCAGAGAGAGACCGUAGGACAGAUCAGGAAGACGCCAAGCGACAGGACAGAGAGCCGAAGAGUCGGUCCGCGUCUUCACAGGGCCCUUCCAGAGAUUCAUCCCACGCUCUGGCCUCCGAGAGGAGAGGCGCGCCGUCAGACUCACGGCGCCCUGACGUUGCUGCCCAGAAGUCUCCAGCAGGCAGCCAACAAGACCAGCGACCAUUGUUACGAGGUCCAAACAGGAAGCAGCUGUCACCGCCGGCCCGCCGGCUCCCCGAGCAACCGGUCCGGAAAGACAGCGCCCUGAACGGUGACGAGGCCAACGCAAGCAAGAAAGCCAACAGGAGCAGCAGCUCCAGCUCCUCUUCAUCAUCAUCAUCAUCAUCGUCGUCAUCUUCCUCCUCUUCAUCAUCCUCCUCUUCUUCAGACAGCUCUGAGUCUGAAGCAGAGCAGGGAAAAGGGAACACAGUGAAAGCCCCGAGCUCUUCUUCAUCCUCUUCCUCAUCUGAUGAUGAAAAGGAUCCAAAGAAAAAGAGCAGCCCUGCGAGGCCUCACCGGGUGCCGGCUGAUUCGCUGAGAGAUUCUCGCUCGCUCAGUUAUUCUCCUCCCAGACACGUGAGAGCGGCUCCGUCCUCGCCUCGCCGCAGGAGUGGCAGCAGACAGUCACCCAGCCACCCGUCGAGCAGCAGACGGAGGAAAUGAGCCAGCAUCUCAGCGAGUCCUUCCUCCUCCUCUUCUUCUGUUCUUGAACUGGACUACAACUCUGACUUCUGAGCCAGCUGUUGGCAGAUGUGCGGCUGUCAGGGGAGCUCCUCACACUGUAAUCACCAAUGUUUGUUUUUUUUAAGCAGCUGUGACGUGCCGCUGCCACCAUAGGAAACCUUGUCAGACACAGUUAAACCUAACUAACACUGCUCCUCUGUACCUGUACUGAUUAUUGUGUUCUACCUGUAGAUAUGGACUGUCUGUAUUUUGGUUAUUAUCAUGUAACAGAUGUGGGAUUUCCAAGUAAUGUGAGUGAAACCUGAACAUGGGUAAUUUCUUUGUUGAAAAUGAUUCAUUAUAAUUAAAGGUGAUUGUACAUUUUA